CUAACACUAAAAGUGGAAACGCAUUCUCCCCCAACUGUGCUAAUAACCGUCAAAUUCACUGUGCGAGAUCGCCUAGUGCAUGUACAUUUGCAAGAUUAUAAUUAUUAGACCUAUUUCAUACGGACGAGGAGUUACACAGCCCUGCAGUCUAUUAUCUAGGUACACCCACUACUAGUUGCUAUGGGAAACUGCGUAGGUGGUCAGAAGCAUCCACCAAAUUUCUUUUUUGUCAAGAAUAUAAACGUAGACCGAGCGUCGGGUCAAAGAGGACUGCUAGAAGUGAGUGAAACAGAACUAGUGUACACGGAUAGCUCAAGCUCAGAUAAAUGGACGUGGCCGCUGCGAUUCCUCCGCAAGUAUGGCUGUGACGGUGAAGUGUUCUCAUUCGAAGCCGGGAGGAAGUGCCCUGGGGGCGAGGGAUUGUAUGCGUUUUCGUCUAAACGUGCCAGUAAGAUUUUCGAGUUGGUGGCGCGAAAUAUAAACCAAGGGGAGCAACAGCAAAAUGGAGACUUGUCGCCGUUCCCUUCUGAAAGUAGACCUCCUGAUCUGGCCACUAUGAGUUUUGUACAGCGACAACAAUCUCCACCCGCUACUUUACAAGAGGGUAACUAUACGAACAUUGGGCAAAACGGGAUCCCACUGGCACAAGCCGAACAAUUGGUCACACCCCCUCCACCUCCCCCACCCCUUCAAAAGGGACAAUACAUUCCUGUAGAAUUUCAAAAACCACCGGCUGAGCACCCGGCCCCUCAACCAAAUCCCGCCAAUCUGCCCACGGAUUAUACGAAAAUCGAUUUCGAUAGAACAGAACAGAUGACGCGAGAUCGAGUACACGGAACUUUAUUGCAGGAGAUUAAUCCUCACCGCACCUCUGGGAGUAUGAGCUUGCCCCCCGCACGUCACAAUCACAGACACAGGCGAUUGAACACUGUCUCGUCUGGCACAUCACAAAAUCGGCGCUCUUCAGAAAGCAGUUUUAGCAGCCAAAGUUCCCUCACUGAAAGCUCUCGUAAUUUAACUGGCCCCCAAGUUGUGAACGGACACGCUACCCAUCCUGUUAUCGGUGAGGAACCAGCCGGGGUCACUUAUCAGAAUGUCGUACUGCCCCAACAACAAGUGACAGCGCAGCAGAAUCAACCAGGAAUGUUGUACCAGAACGUCAACGUUGGUCAAGGUAGCGUUAACGAAGUGUUUAGUGAAACGAGGUACGCUAAUAUGGAUUAUCCACCUCGUCAUCAGUCAGUCGCUAACGGCAAUGGAAGCAUUACCCCGCUGAGAGGAAAUGGUAUGGGAACUUAUGCCGAAGUUGUCCCCGGUUUCAGAAACAGAGCAACUUCGACGCCCAUAGCUCAAGAUUCGUACACACAACUCAAUUUCCCACGUGAUAGUACACCUACAACAGCCGACUCUGUUACCAGCCCUGUUAAUAGUUCGAUGGUGCCACAACCUAGUGUAUCUGUGCAACCACUAAGUCCUGAUGUAAGCUUAAUAGAAGUGAAGCAUCGCGACGAAAGGGCCACGUCUAGUAGCGACCUGUUGCCACCGAGAGAGGGGUUAGAGGUCAUUGACGAGAAUAAAGUUACGUACGGAACACUAAAUUUCCCAGCAAUGGCGGCUUUAACUGAAACCAGUCGAGCAAGAGAACAGGAACUUAGUGAGAAUAACCACGACAGCUCAGAUCGUUUGCAAGACUCUAAAGACUCUAGAGACAGAAAAAUAUCCACUUCACAUCUGUUUAAGAGGAGCCAUAAAGACAAGGACAAAUGAUUCUGUGCGUGUGCGUGUGUGUGUGUGUGUGGUGUGGAGAACUGAUGAACGUUUUGUGUUUAUGGUUGUGACACUUUUUGUUCUUUUGUGAGUAAUCGUCUUUUUGUUAUCAGCAAACCGUCCCCUGAGGCAUGUUGUGUGUUUGUGUGUGCUUUGUGUGGUUAGGUCAGGAAUGUUCAUUGUCAUUAUUCAUUGUGCAAUCAGUUCACAUCUUUACCUCCUAUUCAUGUUGACAGUGUUGUCAUAGUAACUGGUCUUGGGUACCGAAUUGCUACAUGUGUCAUAUAUAUUAUUAUAUCUCUUA